AACAAAAAUAUCAAGCAGACUAGGGGGCAGUCAGUCGGUCAGCUGACUUCAGCGCACGCACAAGGCAACAAGAAGCAAUUAACGUACUCCAUAUUCUAAUUGACAAUCACAACACUGAAAUCGCCGUAAUUGGGAAAUCGUUUUUCAUCAUGGCGGCAGCUCGAACAUGAACCUCAAGACGACUUAUUAGUUAAUAUAAUUGACUGCAUUAAGCAAACGUCGUUAGAUUCUGUGCCGAUAUCACAACACUGAGUAAAGUUAUGUGUAAGUUUUCUUCAGUUCGAAAUUAAAUCUAGUGUGGUUAAUUAUCAUUGGUGCCAUUUGCUGUGAAUCGAAGACUAGUGACGCCAGAAAGUUCUCCAGUUUAUCCGUAAGGACGGUAAGACGCUGUUAUAUUUGACAGUACAUUUCAUUAAUUACCGCCCAGAGCGCAUAUUCUUUGUGGUCUGUGAAUCAGUUAAGUGACAUGUUAUGUUUCAUAAGAAUUGUUACAAAAAUUAAAGAAAUCUGUUAUUUUGAAUAACAAAGUAAAUCGUAAACAGGGUUCAAAGGUAAAAAAGACGCUGAGUCAUGAACGGUAAAUGAAUGAAACAUCUUACUAACGGUUAGAGAAUAUUAUUUUGUAGUUUAUGUCCCAGUAUGACGUAGUUACUAAACACGUUUAAGAGGUAAAAAAAAAAUAGAAGACACGCGGAAAACGUGGGUGAACAUAUUUAAAACUGUUUUAUAAUUUUUUGAUUGUACAAUGGCAGAAAGUUUAUAAAAACGGGAUGUCCAAGUGUUCGCUUCGAAAUAUUCCACAGCAGCUAAGAACAUCUCAGUGUAAGUGCAUCAUUUUGUGUUAGGCAAACUGAGGAACAGGAGCGUUUAUUGGGUCUCCACAAUUAAAAACAGAACAAGGAGACAAAGAUGGCGUGUAAAAUCAGAUAUUCAACUGUGUGUGGAUUACAAUUGGGAAGCAUUUAUCUAUUAGCAGUUGUAACUGUUUUAGUGAUGGGUACUGACACAAAUGUUCAAGAGACAGAAUUAAAAGCGGAUGUAAAAUAUGACAAAAGUGACGUAAACGAGCCACAAAUUUUCAGUAACGGAAGUGACAUGAGAAAGUAUUCACAGGCGUCCACUGAAUCCGCAGUGCAGGAAGCGAACCUGACCACAGUUCUCAAUUCACACUCAACAACAGAUGUCACUGCCGCCGAUAGAGGCAAUGAGGGCAUCGAAAUGGAUAGAAAAUCGAUAGCAAACAUGACAUUGAUCGAUUUGUCGGGUACUUUAUAUAAUUCAAUAGAAAGCAUUUUAAGAAACUGCUACAAUGAAUAUUCUCCAGGAACAAUUCCAUACAAGACUGAGGAAAGAUUUGUGAAGUGUCUGAAACAGACAGCGAUUCGAGAGAUGAAAUCGAUAUUGAAUUAUAACGGAUCGAGUGGGCCGCUCGAGUCGCAGGAAAAUGGCGACUACAGAGUGGGAAAGAUGGACCAAUUGAUGGAUAUCGAUCGUGUGCCACGGAGGUUUAAUGUCAGGGUGAAUUUGAUGUCCGGGAUAUUCCUCCGGCUAUCCCGCCUGGAGGACAGCCUCAGAGUGGGAAUGGAGCUGAACGAGGGAGACAUCUUACGGCUGGAAGGUCGGGGCAACGAUCGAAAGAAACUGAAGAGGCUGCAGAAGUUCAUGUCACUGAUUCUGAUUCCCGUAGCACUGCAGUUCUUGCUCCUGCCCAUGGUUCUAGGCUCGCUGAAGAUGAUGGCCACUAAGGCGCUGAUUUCGGCGAAACUCGCGCUCCUCCUCAUUAUUUUCAACGCCGCUUGGGCAGCACUGAUGCCACAGAGAGUGGAGCACAACACGAGAGUCGCGAACGAACAUUACGGUUACGAUGGGGCACUGGAGUACGGAGCAUACGUCAACAAGAGGGCGCUCCUAUACAAGGGUCAGAUGUAGAACACGCAAUGAGAACAAGCAGCAGUUUACACACAAUACAUCAAAGAUAACAGAACAAUUGCUUUUCUUCCGAACCUGUACACAUAAGGUAGCUGUUGAAGUGUGGAAAAAUUCUUGCGUCUUAGUCCCUACGGCACUAAUUUUGGGAUAGUUAUGCCCUAUCUGAAAAUAGACCAUGACCUAUACACAAUUCCAGUUCAUCUCACACGGUCAUCCUACAAUUCAAUGCUAUAUAACAGAAUUCCAUGGCACAGAGUCCAGUCUGAGAGGCUGAAAUUCGCUAAAUUAUUAACAAACAUUGCUCUCUAUUUCAUAGAACAAAAAGGUCCACUGUCGUGUUCACAAGAGCCCCCCCCCCACUGGCAGAGACAGAUUUAGAGAUAUGGGGCCCCAAGGCAAUCAAAAUGUCGACACCCCUAUAAAUAAAAACAAAUUUAGGCCCUGACAAUUUUUUUCUUAGUUCUUAAGAUAAUUAAAAAUACAAACUAACUUUCCGUGAUUUUAGAAAAGCAAACGCCUCGAUAAAAUCGGUGAACAUUUCUUCUGCUUCGUGAAAGCCCCAGGGCGACUACCCCUGUCGCUCCCCCUUAAAUCCGGCCCGGGCCACUGAAUCCAGUCUUUACCUUACCACAGAAUUACUUUAAACCCAAUGAAAUACUAACAGAUUUUAGGUUCAAACAAAAGCCGUUAUGAAUAUCAUCUGGAUUAUGCCGUUAGUCCGAAAGAAUUUGAAAGUUUGCUCGCUGCUUGUUUCUUCCUGACAACAUGCUUGGCUUACUUUUCGUCCCUGAAGAUGGAGGCAGUAUGUUC